AUGGAACAGAUGGUUUUUGAACUGUCCAUUUUCUACACUUUAUCUGGCCUCCCUUCACCCAAACAAUACAAGCCACUUGAUUUGACUCCUGAUGAGCGUCAUGAGUUACAAACACUUUACAAUGAAACAGUGUCUAUUGCCAAAGUCACUAAGGCUUAUGCCUCGAUAUCAAAUGGGAUCCCUCAAGCCGCCGCAAUUGGUCGUGAUCCAUCACAAGGGUUUCCUCACAAGCCCCACCCCGCUCAACGCCUUAAAGACAAAGGAUAUCGGGUCAAGAUAAUUCAAUUAGAAGGAUCAAAACUUAAGCCUGAAGACUUUCUGCUAGGUUUUGACAAAAUGAACAGUAAGCGAUCAUUGUGGCUGCAAGACUUGGAGGCUGGCUUAUUCAAAAUUGAAAAGGAUGAAGAGCUAGGAGGCUUGGUGAAUGCAGGAGUGACAAAUUCAGCUGAUAUCGAUGAAGAAGAGGAAGAAUGGGGCGGUAUCCCAGAAUCACGCGAAUUGUUGGAGGCCAGUGCAUUACACGAUACAGAGCUUGAGGAUGAAAAUGAAGAAGCAGACCUCCCUGAUGAAAACGACUGGUGA